CUCAACACACGGGUAUCCCUCCUGACCCUGACUAAAUAUGUUUAUUGUUCAACUUACUCACGGGGAAUUUGAGGCUUUGGUCAUCCAGCUCGCUUCAGGAUUAUACCCUGCCCACCGAGGGUAUAAAUACUGAAGGCGCACCACCCUCUGCUCAGUCUUCAGGCACGGUCCUCUUACGCACGGAUCAGGCUUUUAGACGAGGAGAUACUCGCGUUAAAAGGAGUGAGAAGCAGAAAGAAAGUCACCCAAGAAAGUCGCCUCCGAUUGAUUUGAAAACUUUUUGGUUAAAAAAAAGUAAGUGAAUGUCGGUGAUGAGCGCAGUGCCGUUCAUGAGGCCGCUCCAUAUGUUUCAGGGCCGCCGCCACACGCUGCCGGCCAGCGAGUUCCGCUCCCUCAGCCCGGAGGAUGCCAUCAGUGUGUUUGAGAUUGAGAGAGAAGCCUUCAUCUCAGUGUCCGGUGAGUGUCCUCUCCACCUGGACGAGGUGCGUCAUUUCCUCACCCUGUGCCCUGAGCUGUCUCUUGGCUGGUUCGAGGAGGGACGUCUUGUGGCUUUCAUCAUCGGCUCACUGUGGGACCAGGAGAGGCUUACCACGGACGCCCUCACUCUUCAUAAGCCUCACGGGACGACCGUCCACAUCCACGUCCUGGCGGUCCACCGGACCUUCCGCCAGCAGGGCAAGGGCUCCAUCCUAAUGUGGCGCUACCUGCAGUACCUCCGCUGCCUGCCCUACGUCCGCCGCGCCGUGCUCAUGUGCGAAGACUUCCUGGUCCCCUUCUACCGGAAGUCGGGUUUCAAAGUGCGGGGCCCCAGUGAGAUCACGGUGGGGCCCCUCGUCUUCAUUGAGAUGUUGUACCCUGUCAGGGGCCACGCCUUCAUGCGUCGAAACAGUGGAUGUUGAGGACAGGAGGACUUAAUGUGAAUUCUCCCCGGCUAUAAGUGGCGGUGGGACCCCAUCCUCUCCUGGAAACAGAAUUAGGGGCUUCGAGCUGCGCAGUGUUUGUGACCAUCACCUGUGAGUGAGACUCGUUCAGCAGGCCGUGAGGAGUGCGCUCAGCCGAGAACUAAGAGCGGCCACCCAGCGGCCAAAAAAAGCUGCUUGGAAACUACAAGUAUAUUGUUCUGUAGUUUGAUGAGAGUAAGAAAACAACAACAAAUCGAUAGAGAAAAGUCCUGAAAGAAUGGAAGCACUUAUUUAUCAAAAUAAAUUAGAAGAUCUUUUCUUUACUGUUUUCAAUAGAACGCAGCUGCCUUGUUUCUUUGUUUGCCCUCUUUUUUUAUUUAAUCUAAUCCAACAUUGUUUCCGGCUCUAUAUACUGCCCAUUAUUAAUGCAUUCUGUCCUGUAUAGUUUUGUAUAUACAGCAUGCCUUCCACAGCAUUAGAAGAUUACACUUUGUAACUAUGAUGAUGACUAUAAAGUAAAAUGUCAAAGGAAACUGCUAACCUUCGAGGACUAUGGAAUAAAAAUACAAAGGGAGGGAUAUCAGCAAUCAAACAUCAGAUAAUAAGUAAAUAUAUUAACUUGAACACACUUGUCUGUUGUGUUAUAUUUAAGAUUUGAUUGGACUGUUUUAUGUACACAUACAAUGACCAUUACAAUAAGUAUAUUUAGUAUAUAGGUUUCCUAAAUAUAUGUGAUUUCAAAAUGUAUCUUCAAUAGUCUCCUCUCGCCUUUCCCCUCUCCCCUCGUAGACCAUCACCACCUC